UUUGUUAAGUCUGAGAACAUCGAUGGCAAAUGUUACCCAAGGCUAUAAUGAAGAAAGUGAUGAUUACGACAUUUCUGUGGAUUAUGACUACAAUCCUGGUGUACAUUCUCACCUCUCCACACUUCGAAUAACAACCAUAACUGCUUACUCUCUUGUGUUUCUGGUUGGAAUCUUGGGAAACACCCUUGUUAUCUGGAUAACAGGAUUUGAACUGAAAAAGACAGUGAACAUUAUUUGGUUCCUUAACCUUUCAGUUGCAGAUUUUCUCUGCUGCAUGAGUUUACCAUUUUUAAUCACACAGUUUGCAUUGGAUUAUCGUUGGCCAUUUGGUAGCUUCUUAUGUAAGAUCAUACCUGCUACAAAAAUAUUAAAUAUGUUUGCCAGUGUUUUCCUCCUUAUGGUAGUGAGCAUAGAUCGCUGUGUUCUAGUCCUCAGACCAGUCUGGUGUCAAAAUACAAGAACCACAUCCAUGGCUGCGAUUGUAUGUUUUGCCGUAUGGCUGCUAGCAUUAAUAUUAGCUGUUCCAUUUGCAGUAUUUCAGAAUGCCUCUACAGACACUUUAUCAGAAAAGACUACUUGUGGAAUCAAAAAUCAAAGUGCCAUCCUUGGUCUUAGAAUUUCCUGGUUUGUCUUCGGUUUUGUUUUACCAUUUUUCAUUAUUACAGCUAGUUAUAGUCUACUUAUGCUUAAAGUAAAAAAUAUUCAGUAUUCAGGUUGCAAUAAGACAUACAAAAUGUUAUGCGCUGUGAUUAUUUCUUUUUUUAUCUGUUGGUCGCCAUAUCAUGUGAUUGGACUUUUAGGUGCAACCAAUGGAAACAUGCAUUCAUCUCCAAUAUUCAUUGUGUUGUCUAACCUUACUCAGAGCCUUGCUUAUGUUAAUAGUUGUGUGAACCCAAUAAUAUAUGUUAUUGUUGGGCAGAACUUCAAGACGAAGCUGAGAAAAUCAGUCAGGACAGCACUAAAAAAUGUAUUCACUGAUGAAAUGACUCAGUCAAGUGUUUAUACCAGGUCCAAAUCUAAAUCACUGACUGAAGAAAGAAUGCAAACUGUGUAAACCAAAUGCCAGGUUCGGGAAGUACAUCACUUUUGCCUGGGUUAUGUACUGAAAGCAACAGUAGAUGCUGGGGAGGGUGGCCUAAUGGUUAAGGUGUUU